UCCUUGAUGACAGGGUCAACAAUAUGGCGCUGUCCAUACUUCACAGAAAUGCUUCAUCCGUCAGUUGAUGUGUACUUUAUUAUUCACAGCUUUAUACGCCUGUUAGUGGAUUCAACAACACCGCAAAGGGUUAUCGCUUCAUCCCUCAGUUUACUUAAAGGCCAAAGGACGUCUGUUAACGCCUGAGGAAGAAACAUGUCUGGAUCAAACGCCUGGAGCCGCAGUCGAGAGAAGAUGAGACUUUUCCCUGAACUGUUUGCACAGUGUGCAGGAGAGGCGGCAUCGUACGGGAAGUGCGUGGCUGCGUCCACGGCGGGCCGACAGGAGCUGAGCAGGGACACGUGUGCCCAGGAGUUCCAGGCGCUGAAGACCUGCUUCACCGCCGCAGCCAAGAAAAAAGCCAAGUGAAAGGAGUCCGUCCGGGCUUCGGUCGAGCUGGAACUCGGUGAAUGGACCCAGAUGAAAAGAGGCAGCGGGGAAUCCUUGAGUGACCCAACGGAUGCGUCUAAAGUUUGACUGAAUGUAUUAUACUGCGGGGAAUAAAAUGUUGGACCAACA